AUGGCCAACACAGAGCAAGAACGCCAGAAGAUCCUAACCACCCUCUCGCACAUCUUCUGGUCCAACACCGACGUCUCCACCGGCAUCACCCACAAGCCCUACGGCGUGGACUGGAUCAACCUCGAAAGAAACAUGUACCGCCUCUGCGUUCUCCAAGGCAAGGUCCGCGACGGCGACAAGGUCCCCGAGGAUCCAUGGGAGAUGUUCCUGCGCGAGUUUGCGCCGCUCACGAAACGCCCCGCUGGUCAACGACAGCCCUCGACUGCGUACUUUCCCAGCUCGAUUUUGCGGUCUUCGGGGGGGAAUGCGAAUGCAAACGUGGAUGCGAAUGCGAAUGCGACUGCCAGGGCGGGCCAGGACGGCCAGUAUCAUGUGCGUUUCGAGGUGCCUUUGCUGCGUCGCUCGGAUGAGAAUAGGCGGAACUUGGGCCGUAUCCCGCGUUACUUGAACUGA